CGUCCCUGGCCCCUCUUCAUAUCCACUAUAUGCGCAGUGCGCCCGGCUUGGCUGCCCACCGCGCCAACCCCACUCCGCUCCGCCCGUGUAAACCAAAACCCCGCAUCGGCUGCGGCGGCGGCGGCGGCGGCGGCCGGCCGGCCAACGAUCCUCCUCGAAGGGACGAGGCCGCCCCCAUGCUGCGCUGCCACACGCCACCGCAAUGCGGCCGCGCGCCGCUCCGCCACCACGGAAGGCGGGAGUCGCCUCCGGCGGCGGCGCCCGGGGUGGUGGUGCGGUGCGCGCGGGGUGCGCCGCAGGUGCCCGGGAUCGAGGCGGCGUCGCCGGGCCAUGCGGCUGCCACGGCGGCUAAGGCGGAAGGGGGUGACGCGCGGCCCAGUCUGGCCGAGCGGCUGCGGCUGGGGAGCCUCCUGGAGGACGGGCUCUCGUACAAGGAGAGCUUCAUCGUGCGCUGCUACGAGGUGGGCAUCAACAAGACGGCCACCGUCGAGACCAUCGCCAAUCUCCUCCAGGAGGUAGGAUGUAACCAUGCACAAAGUGUUGGGUUCUCCACUGAUGGCUUCGCCACAACUACUACAAUGAGAAAACUUGGGCUUAUUUGGGUGACGAAUCGAAUGCACAUUGAGAUCUACAAGUACCCAGCCUGGGGUGAUGUUGUUGAGAUCGAAACAUGGUGCCAAGAAGAUGGAAGAAUUGGUACUCGUCGUGAUUGGAUCCUCAAGGACCUGGCUAAUGGUGAAGUUAUUGGAAGAGCUACCAGCAAGUGGGUCAUGAUGAACCAAAAUACACGGAGACUUCAGCGAGUCAGUGAUGACGUAAGGGAUGAGGUGUUUAUACAUUGUCCAAAGACUCCAAGGUUAGCAUUCCCAGAGGAAAAUAAUGGCAGUUUGAAGAAGAUUCCGAAUCUUUCAGAUCCUGCACAAUACUCAAGACUAGGACUAGUGCCAAGAAGAGCUGAUCUGGACAUGAACCAACAUGUCAAUAAUGUUACUUACAUUGGUUGGGUCCUGGAAAGUAUACCUCAAGAUAUAAUUGAUACACACGAGUUACAAACAAUCACUCUCGACUAUAGAAGAGAAUGUCAACAUGAUGACAUAGUUGAUUCGCUUACUUACAUAGAGGAAGGAGAGGAGAAAAGCAUGAACGGCUCUGCUUCCGCAGCGCCUCACAAAGAAGAGCGGCAGCAGUUCCUGCAUUGCUUAAGAUUUGCAGCCAAUGGGGACGAGAUCAACCGUGGCCGCACAGUGUGGAGGAAGCUAGCUAGAUAAGAAGUGGUUUUUGGUCAUCAAUAUUCUUCUGCAUUUGCUUCUCACGGCUGGCGGCCCUUGUACCACAAUUUUGUGAUGUGUUGUUGCCCUUUGGAAUGUACUCUGCCAUGUAACGGUGCCGAUUUGUGACAUUUCUCGCAGUUUUAACGGUCUGUCCGUUUUGUACCAGUGAACAAUGUUUGUGGUAUGGAAUAACCUGCGUUUCCCGGCAACUCCCAA